UAUAGUGGACCCGCCCCCAUGGCACUACAGUACGCAUGUGCGUCUUCUGUGCCCUUCCUCGAAGUUGUCGCUGGAGAAUGAGAGUAGAAACGCGGUUACAUAAGUUUGAAGUAUCUGAAAUACACAUUUGUCUCAUCUAAUUUCCAUGGAAGAUAUUGAUGAGCCCAUGACGGGGAUGUUGGACACAGACAGCUCUGAGAGUGGGGACUCCCCAGCCAUGGAGGGCAACGGAGAUGGUUUCCUCCCAGACCUGCCUGUCCUCACGCACCCUGCUGAAUGGACCAUGGACCAGGUUCCUCCUGACAACCUCACCACAGUUAUCCACGACACUGACUCAGAGUCAGAUCAGUCGUCACCGGAGGUAAUCAAGCAGCACCAGGACCAGCAGUCUGAUCUGGGAUCAGUUGAACAAGCAGUGCAGCACUUCCAGCUAGCGAGUGCCAAGCUCUUCCAAGAGGAGGAUUCAGAUGAUCAGUUUUGUUCUCCCCCGGUAGAACAACAGAACCAAAUGGAAGCGUCGUCAGAGGAAGAAAGCAAGGAUGGACAGAACAACCAAGCGAAUGCCACAGAGUCUUUGAUGCAGGGUGAGUCUUUGAUGCGGGGUGAGAAGAUGUCAGAGGCUGUAGAACAGCAACGAGAUCCAGCCCAAGCCCAGCCACCAAUGGUUGCAGAAGAUGGAAGCCCAGCUAACAUGGAGCUGGAAGAAUCCAAAGAGAUGACCGAGCAGGGGGAACCUGUUGAGGUACCAGCUGAGGAACCAGCUGUCCCCACAGAGCCCCUCAUCCCUGCUGAGUAUGAGAAGCUGGUUAAAGGGUGUGAGGAGAACCCUGAAGACUUCAAUGGUUGGGUCUACCUGCUGCAGUAUGUGGAGCAAGAGAAUCAUCUCGGUGUUGUGAGGAAGGCGUUUGAUGCGUUUUUCCUGCACUACCCCUACUGCUACGGCUACUGGAAGAAGUUUGCUGACAUGGAGAAGAAGCAUGGCAAUGUGCAGGUGGCAGAGGAGGUGUACCGACGAGGUGUGCAGGCCAUCCCCCUCAGUGUUGAUCUGUGGCUUCACUACAUGUCCUUCAUCAAGGACAACGCUGACCAUGAAGACCCAGAGACACCAGUACGCAUUAGAGCUGCGUAUGAGCAUGCUGUGUUGGCAGCAGGGACAGACUUCCGCUCUGACCGUCUGUGGGAGGCCUACAUCAACUGGGAGACGGAGCAGGAGAAACUGGCUAACGUCACGGCCAUCUACGACCGCAUCCUGGGCAUCCCCACCCAGCUCUACUCACAGCACCUCCAGAGGUUCAAAGAGCAUGUGCAGAACAACAACCCCAAACACUUCCUGUCAGAGGAGGAGUUUGUCCAACUGAGGGUGGAGCUAGCCAAAGCCAACGUAGCAGCUGCAGCCAAUGGGGAAGGAGAGGAAGAAACACCUGCUGAGGAGCUCCCGCCAGGCACCGAAGACCUCCCAGAUCCUGCAAAGAGGGUGACGGAGAUUGAGAACAUGCGACACAAGGUGAUCGAGUCGCGCCAGGAGGUGUUCAACCAAAACGAGCAGGAGGUCAGCAAACGCUGGGCCUUCGAGGAAGGGAUAAAACGCCCCUACUUCCAUGUCAAAGCCCUGGAGAAGACCCAGCUCAGCAAUUGGAAGGAGUACCUGGACUAUGAGAUCGAAAACGGCACUCCCGAACGUGUGGUCGUUCUGUUCGAACGCUGCCUCAUCGCCUGUGCUCUUUACGAGGACUUCUGGACAAAGUAUGCAAAAUAUAUAGAAGGCUACAGCAUUGAUGGAGUGAGACAUGUGUACAAGAAGGCGUGUACCAUCCACCUGACCAAGAAGCCCAAUAUUCACCUGCUGUGGGCCGCAUUCGAGGAGCAACAGGGGAACAUAGCGGAGGCGCGCCGCAUCCUGAAGGCUCUGGAGGCUGCGGUACCAGCCCUAGCUAUGGUGCGUCUGCGGCGGGUCAGCCUGGAGCGGCGCCACGGCAACCUGGAGGAGGCGGAGGCCCUGCUGAGGGAGGCGAUUGCGUCGGGGAAGAACACCAGCGAGAUGUCGUUCUACGCCGUGAAGCUGGCCCGGCAGCUGCUGAAGGUGCAGAGAAGCCUCGCCAAGGCCCGCAAGGUGCUGCUGGAAGCCAUAGACAAGGACCAGGCGAGUGCUAAACUGUAUCUGAACCUGCUGGAACUGGAGUACAGUGGGGACGUGCAGCAGAACGAAGUGGACAUCUUGGCCUGCUUCGACCGUGCCCUGAGCAGCCCACUGCCCCUCGACUCCCGUCUCACCUUCUCUCAGCGCAAGGUCGAGUUCCUCCAGGACUUUGGCAGCGACAUCAACAAGUUAGUGACUGCGUACGAUGAACACCAGAAGCUUCUGAAAGAAAACGAGUCGGCAAAGAGGAAAGCAGAGAAUGGCUCACAGGAAACUGAGUCGAAGAGACAGCGUACAGACGAGCACUCAGGCUCAGGGCACAUGAUGCAGGGAGAUAUGCAGGGUAACAACUCUGCCUACAACUACAACUGGUACCAGCAACAGUACAACAACUGGGGACAGAACUCCUGGGGACAGUACAACCAGUAUUCCCAGCAGUAUAACCAGUACUACCCCCCUCCACCCACAUAAGGUCUUGCAGACAAAGAGAGAUGAGAGGAAGCAUCCUUUCUACCCAGCCCAAUUGCUCAUUUCAGCUAGCCCCGCCUUCUGUGUGAUGUCAUUUGUUUCAGUUGGCCAUUAGAUUGCCACAUUUACUGUCAUCACCAUUGUCAUUCAUUCACUGGCCGGCUGCUUUUUGUGUUGCUUGCGCAUAUGUGUUGAUGCGGACUUCAUAUGAAUUUUAUUUUCUCAGUUGAAAAGACUCAAUGAUGUUUUCAAUUUUUUGAUUGACUGCAUAAUUUGGUUCCUCGUCGAAAUCUCAGUGGGUGGAAUCUAGUUAUGUUUGAUACAGAUUAUAUAUUUGUAUGGAGGUAGUGGUACCAGCUAUGCUCCUCCCUGAGCCUCUUCUCUGCUUUCCUAAAAUGUGAGCUUUUUAAGAUGGUUUUUGUUUCCUGGGACAAAAACAGAAAUGAAUGAAAAUGUUUUUAUUUCAUAAUAAAGAAUGAAUAUCAUGUCAUGUUUGUGUUUUGUAAUUCCCUGCAUUAACCCAUAUUUGUACGAUAUUAACGUCACCGCCAUUGCGGCGAAAUUAAACCAAACGAACAUAUUGAAGCGUAUUCACAUGUAACCAAUCAUGUAGAUACUCAUGGAGGGAAGGUGUGAUCCAGAGAUAAAAAGCUGAUUCUGUUUACUCUCUAGAUCCAGCGGUUGAAACAGCAUGAUGUAUCAUAUCAUUACAUGUUUCUGUAUGACAGGCAAACAUUUACAAUUAUAUUUGUAUACAAACUUAUAGAAAACUUUUAUUCAUGAAUACAAUUCCCAUAGGAUUUUUAUGGUAGUGCCCUCAGCCUUAUCUGCGUCACACGUCGACACAUGCGCACCGCCUACGCUCCGAAAGUCCUUUUUUUGCAUAGUGUUGAACGACUAGCAUCAACCGAGCAUCAAGAUGCAGCUCUUCUUGCGUGCCCAGAACACUCACACCCUUGAGGUGACCGGACAGGAGACCGUCAGAGAAAUAAAGCUCCAUGUCCAGACUCUGGAGGGUCUCCUAAUGGAGGACCAGGUGCUAUUGCUGGACAGUUCCCCCUUGGAGGACUCUUCCUCUCUGGUGGACUGUGGCAUCUCUGAGUACUGCACCUUGGAAGUGGCUGGCCGACUUCUGGGAGGUCAGUACUCGGGCAGCAGGAAAGGUCCAUGGCUCCCUGGCCCGUGCCGGUAAAGUGCGGGGACAGACACCCAAGGUUGACAAGCAGGAGAAGAAGAAGAAGAAGACUGGUCGUGCCAAGCGUCGCAUCCAGUACAACAGGCGCUUCGUCAAUGUUGUGCCCACCUUCGGCAAGAAGAAGGGCCCCAACGCCAACUCCUAAGAACCCUGUCCCCCCCUCAAGAGAAUGCUGAAAGGUUUUCCUCCUGUACAGAAUAAAGAUUUGGCUUGGACUAAAUAAA